UGAGUGAGUGUAUGUGUGUCUGUGUGUGUGUCUGUGUGUGUGUGUUCAGUGAUGCUGUUCCCCGAGGCGUGGGGCCGCAGUCAGUGUCGUUCUCUGGAAUGGAUGGUGGAGGUGGAGCAGGAGUAUCCCGGAGGAGUGGAGCACAUCUACAAUCCCGGCUGUGUGCCGCUGCUGCGCUGCUCCGGAUGCUGCAAUGAUGACAAACUGGCCUGUUUCCCCGCCAGCACACACAACAUCAGCAUCCAGCUGUUGAGGAUAACUCCGGCGGAGAGGAGCAGAGAAUAUGUGCUGCUUUCGUUUCUGGAGCACCAGAGCUGUGAGUGCAGGCCCAGACGACACCACCUGAGAAGUCAGCACAGGAGGCGGCGUAAGGGCAAACGCAGGAGGAGACGGAGAAGAAGGAUGGAUGCCGGGAUGUGAUGAUCACAGAGUCGGUGUGGUUUAUAGAUGGACUGAACUGGAUCACAGCGGCUCAGUAAAGCUGCUAAACUGAAGGACCCCGGCUCCAUCGAUGCGAAACACCUCAGUGCUGCUACAGUUAUCUUUAACACUCUGGGACAUUUACAAUCUUCAUAUCCCCAUAUGUGUCUUAAUAUAUUUUAUAAAACCAUAAAC